ACUUACAGACAAACGGUACCUACAACCCGUGGCUGGGCCUGAUUCUGGCCCUGCUGUCCGCCUUCCUGAUUGGUGGGAGCGUCAUUCUAAAGAAGAAAGCUCUCCUCCGAUUGGCCCGCAACGGACACACGAGAGCAGGUGAUGGAGGUCAUGGCUACCUAAAGGACUGGCUGUGGUGGGGAGGCCUGUUAACCAUGGGAGCAGGGGAGGGCUGCAACUUUGCCGCCUACAUGUGUGCUCCGGCGACACUGGUGACUCCGCUGGGCGCUCUGAGCGUCCUCAUCAGUGCAGUUCUGUCCUCCCACCUGCUGGGGGAGGUAUUGAACGUAGUGGGGAAGCUCGGCUGUCUGCUGUGUGUGCUGGGAAGCAUCUUGUUGGUUCUCCAUGCCCCACAGGAACAGGAAGUGACAUCACUACAUGACAUGACCAAUAAGUUGCUGAAACCUGGUUUCCUGGUGUACAUGUCGGCGGUGUUGCUGUUGUGUGCGGUGCUCAUGGGGUAUUUCUCUCCCCGGGUCGGUCGCUCUAACAUCCUCGUCUACAUCAGCAUCUGCUCAUUGCUCGGAGCCUUCACCGUCUCCUCCGUGAAGGGCCUCGCCAUCGCCAUCAACACCUUGUUUUAUGAUAUCUCAGUACUUGCUAGUCCUCUCACCUGGAUCCUGCUGUUUACUCUCAUCGUCUCCAUAAUAACACAGGUGAACUACCUGAACAAGUCUCUGGACACCUUCAACACCCUGAUGGUCUACCCCAUCUACUAUGUCCUCUUCACCACCGUGGUUCUGUCCACCUCCAUCAUCCUCUUCCAGGAGUGGAGGAGCAUGGCGGCCGUGGACGUGGUCACGACGCUGGGAUCUUUCCUGGUCAUCGUGGUGGGCGUGACCAUGCUCCACCUCUUCAAAGACCUGCAGGUGACGAUGAGACAGCUGACCAAUCAGCUAUCUCUGCCGGUGGAGAGGGAGGGGCUUGCAGAGGAGCUUUCAGCCAAUGGACGAGCGGGAGGGAUAGGAGGAAGAGGGAAUAUAAAAGAGGAUAAAUAUGGACUGAUGGACAACAUAGUGAUAGAGAGUCUGCCUCCUAUGAGAGAGGAGGGACCGAGAGUCUUCAUCAUUAGCUGAAAGAGACAGAAGAAAGACGGAGACACAGCUUUGUGUUUCCUUUCUGGACUGGUCAGUGCUGUAGUCCUCUCUCUGACUGAUAUUCUAAAUAGUCUUUUUUUUUUUUUAAGUUCGAGCCUCUUGUUUGUUAAAGUUAACCCUGAACACACUGUGCAAGUCCUGGAGAU